AUGACAGUCAAGCCCAAAGACAUGCAGGACCACAUGGCCCAAUACACAGAUGAAAAUUACGUUGACGGCUGGGCCGCACUAUGGGACAAGGGUGGUGAUUUACCUUCGGAUGAAGGAUUCCCCAAUCCAGCACUAGAGGAUACAUUGGUGCAGCAACAGAUGACACUAGGCUUACCCAUUGUCAAUGUUAACAGGUGCAAGGCCCUAGUUCCAGGCUGUGGUCGUGGAGUCGAUGUUCUCCUGCUUGCUAGCUUUGGAUAUGAUGCCUACGGCCUCGAAUAUAGUGCCACUGCCAUUGAGGCAUGCAAGAAAGAGGAGGCAGAAAAUUAUAGUUGGUAUCAGGUUCGGGACCAGGCUGUAGGUCGGGGAAAGGUGACUUUUGUGCAGGGUGACUUUUUUGAUGAUGCAUGGUUGCAGGAGAUUGGAGUUUCUCGGAAUGGAUUUGACCUUGUCUAUGACUAUACAGUACCACUUCGCCAUACUCAACUUCUGGCUCCAUCACCCUUGGGUAACUUGAUCUGUCUCGAGUUUCCCCGUCCAAAAGAUCCCAAGGCUGCGGGGCCGCCAUACGCCUCGCCAUCCGAGGCAUACAUGGAGCACUUGAGUCAUCCGGGAGAAGAAAUCCCUUAUGAUGACAAGGGCUUUGUCAAUCAACACACUCUUACCCCGAGCAAAGCCGGGUUCGAGAGUGUGGCACACUGGCAGCCUGAGCGGACAUUGCCAAGGGGCCAGUAUGAAAACGGCAUGAUCCAUGACAGAGUUUCUAUUUGGCACCGACGAUAUUAG